GCCCUGCCCGGCCCGGCCCGGCCCCAGCGCCCUCCGCACCGGCCCCUGCAGGGCCGCGGCCGCCGUGCCGGACGGGCCCCCCCGGCACGGGGGGCCGGGUGCGGGUGUCCCCCAUGUCGGCGCCGCUGAAGAAAGGCCCCGGCGGGCUGAUCGGGCUGAUGAAGGACGCGUUCCAGCCGCACCACCACCACCUCGGGCCGCACCAGCCCGGCGCCGUGGACAAGAAGAUGGUGGAGAAGUGCUGGAAGCUCAUGGAUAAGGUGGUGCGUUUGUGUCAGAACCCCAAGCUGGCCCUGAAGAACAGCCCACCCUACAUCCUGGACCUGCUGCCUGACACCUACCAGCACCUGAGGACCAUCCUGUCCCGCUACGAGGGCAAGAUGGAGACCCUGGGGGAGAACGAGUAUUUCCGGGUGUUCAUGGAGAACCUGAUGAAGAAAACCAAGCAGACCAUCAGCCUCUUCAAGGAAGGGAAGGAAAGGAUGUAUGAGGAGAACUCCCAGCCUAGGAGGAACCUGACAAAGCUGUCCCUGAUCUUCAGCCACAUGCUGGCAGAGCUCAAAGGGAUCUUCCCAAGUGGCCUCUUCCAGGGAGACACGUUCCGGAUCACCAAGGCAGAUGCUGCAGAAUUCUGGAGGAAGGCUUUUGGGGAAAAGACCAUCGUUCCUUGGAAAAGCUUCCGGCAGGCCCUGCACGAGGUGCAUCCCAUCAGCUCAGGGCUGGAAGCCAUGGCCCUCAAGUCAACCAUUGACCUGACCUGCAAUGACUACAUUUCAGUGUUUGAAUUUGAUAUCUUCACACGACUUUUUCAGCCGUGGUCGUCCUUGCUCAGGAACUGGAACAGCCUGGCAGUGACUCACCCUGGUUAUAUGGCAUUCCUGACCUAUGACGAGGUGAAGGCCAGGCUGCAGAAGUUCAUUCACAAACCUGGCAGUUACAUUUUCCGGCUGAGCUGCACCCGCCUGGGGCAGUGGGCCAUCGGCUACGUCACUGCAGAUGGGAACAUCCUGCAGACCAUCCCCCACAACAAACCCCUUUUCCAAGCACUGAUCGAUGGCUUCAGGGAAGGCUUUUAUUUAUUUCCCGAUGGCCGAAAUCAGAAUCCUGACUUGACUGGCCUGUGUGAGCCCACACCUCAGGACCACAUUAAAGUUACACAGGAACAAUAUGAGCUGUACUGUGAGAUGGGCUCCACCUUCCAGCUGUGUAAAAUCUGUGCUGAGAACGACAAGGACGUGAAGAUUGAACCUUGUGGCCACCUGAUGUGCACGUCCUGCCUCACGGCGUGGCAGGAAUCAGAGGGCCAGGGUUGUCCUUUCUGCCGCUGCGAGAUCAAGGGCACGGAGCCCAUCGUGGUGGAUCCCUUCGACCCCAGGGGAGGAGGAGGAUUGUCCCGGCAAGGGGCAGAGGGAACUCCCUCCCCCAGUUACGAUGAUGAUGAGGAUGACAAGGCUGAUGAUUCCCUCUUCAUGAUGAAGGAGCUGGCUGGUACCAAAGUGGAGCGUCCUCCCUCUCCCUUCUCCGUGGCUCCACAGGCUGCCCUUCCUCCCGUGCCACCCCGACUGGAUCUCCUGCAGCAGCGAGUGUCCAACCCCCCCGGGGCUUCCAGCCCUGGCACCACUUCCAAGGCCACCCCUGGUGCUCUCCACAAGGACAAACCUCUGCCAAUCCCCCCCACGCUCCGAGACCUCCCCCCGCCGCCGCCUCCGGACCGGCCGCAUUCCAUGGGGAACGAGGGGCGCCCUCAGAGGAGACCCCUGCCCUGCACCCCGGGGGACAAACCCCCCCCGCUGCCCUCCAACCGUCAGGGGGACCUGUGGCCAUCCAGACCCAUCCCCAAAGCCCCCCCUGUGGCCGUGAGCCCCGGGGACCCCUGGGCUGGCAGAGAACUGUCCAACAGGCACUCGCUUCCCUUCUCCCUGCCCUCCCAGAUGGACUCCAGGGCUGACAGCCACCGGCUCGGGAGCACCCUCAGCCUGGACAACCCAGGGAGCUCCAACAGUGGUCCAGCAGCAACCUCAGAGUGUGAACACCCCAAAAUUAAACCCUCCUCGUCUGCCAAUGCCAUCUACUCCUUAGCUGCCAGACCACUGCCUGUACCAAAACUGCCUCCUGGGGAGCAGUCUGAGAGCGAUGAGGACACUGAAUACAUGUCACCAUCCUCUCUCCCUGUGGUGCCUCCAGGUCCUGCUGUACAAAAACCAGAGAUGAAAAUGCCUUUGGAAGUGACUCAGAGUUUACGAGUUUUGGACUGUGAGCAGCAGCCAGAGGGUUCCAUGUAUGAAGCAAUGUACAACAUUCACUCCCAAGCAGCAUCCUCUGCUUUCGAGCCUGUCAACACUUCUGAUGAAGGGGAUCUGGCAGCAGCCACUGCCAGCAACGGCCCUGAAGAGUCAGAAAAUGAAGAGGAUGGUUAUGACAUCCCCAAACCACCACUCCCAGUUGCCCUUGCUCGUCGCACACUGUCCGAUAUCUCCAAUGCCACUCCUGCCUUCAGCCGAAUGUCCUUGGAAAACGACCCUGGGACAGGUUUUUCAGAUGGCUCCCAAGUUCCGGAGAGGCCGCCAAAGCCGCUGCCCCGGCGGAUAAAUUCCGAGCGGAAAGCCGGGAGCUGCCAAGCAGGAGGAGCCAGCAGUGGGGCCAGCUCAUCCCUGCAGCUCUCCAGCGAGAUCGAGAACCUCAUGAGCCAAGGCUACUCAUAUCAGGACAUUCAGAAAGCCCUGGUCAUUGCACAUAACAAUAUUGAGAUGGCCAAGAAUAUUCUCCGGGAGUUCGUCUCCAUUUCCUCCCCUGCUCACGUGGCCACAUAGCACAGGACACCUCCACACCUACAACUUCUGUGGACCAACUGCCUGGGCAGCUGUGGCCCAGCUGUGCACCAAAGGGGAAGGGGGUUCCUUUAGAGACUUCGUGCUGAGGUCAGUCCUGCCUCUCAAAGAGAAUCAGUUGUCAGGUUUUUGUGGUUCCAGAUUUCAAAGCAGAGGAAUGAAAUGGAGCAGAGUGGUGUUUUA